GGCGUACAAACUCUUUAAGUCUCGCCGGCGCCGCUACGCGUGCCUUCGGUCCUGGAGCGAGUACCUCUUCCGCCCUGGCAUGAGUCGGUUCCUCCACUGGAAGGAUCUCGUAACUCUUUAAGCUUUCCGUCGGGAACUUGGCAUCAAAGGGGCCUUCCCCAAAUUCCAGGGACUCCGGCUCCUCUCCAUCGCAGGAUCAGAGCAGGGGCGGGGAAAUUCCCGUAUCUUGUUUCCUCUCUUUCCAAGGGGAGUUCCCCGUUUCUGCAGUCCUCUUCAAUGGCGGAGUUACCGGACGAAAUCUGGCUCAGAAUUCUGGACACCGGAGUUCGGGAGCGUGGAUUGACGUUCCAAGACCUCUGCUGCCUCUCAAUAUCAUGCCGCCGUCUCGACCGGCUGUCGAAGGAGGAACCCCUCUGGUCGGCGCUGCUCGCCAUGGAGUUCCCGUUGCAGACGGUUUCGGCUUCGAAAUCGCGGUUGAAGGACGUUUUCAGAAUCAAGUUUGAAAGACACAAAGCACUGAAGCUUGCGGCACAUAGAAGAGAAGUACUUAACGUUGAGAGCCGCAUUGCUUCUGGUUCAAGGGAGUUGGACGAAGCGAACCGCCAACUGAUGGCAGAGACUGGAAAAUUGGAUGUGGCACUCAAAGAAUUAAAGGAUUUGAAGAGAGCGAGGCAAGCUUCUGUAGCCUUAAAUGUUUGGCAACCAGAAGUUGUACGUGCUAGGCAGAAGCAGAUUGUUGAGCAGCACCCUGUGCCAAUGGAAUCUCGUAUGCAUGCAUUGGAAAUGGAGAUUAGAGUAUGCAAGCAACAGAUUGCAAGAUUUUCUAGGCGUGCUGAAGCUUUAAGGCAAAGGCUGGAUGCUUCAAAAGAAUAUUUAUCACAUCUCAAAUAUCACCCUUUGCGUAGUUCUCAGUCGAUAGCUGAUAAUGAGGGUGGCAAAGUUAAAUGGAAAAUGGUGAAGCUACAGGGCGAAUGCAGUGGUGACAAGGUUGUCGAUCAAGAAGAGACGUAUCCUGGCCACAAUGCUGUACGGAAAAGGCUGAAGAUGUAGGACGAGGAUUGACCGUUGUGGUGAUUUCUCUGCUGAAAUGAAUGCAAUCAGUCGUACAGCAACUGCUUGAUGAUGCUGAGCAUGUACUCCUUGGUAACAUCACUCACAAACAGAAAUUUUUCAGCCCCGUCUUUCUACAGGCAUUGUGGCAUUGUGCAGUUGCUGGUUCUAGAUUGCAGCUGAUACUUGAGAAGAAGUAACUGCAAAUGGGUUUUGCUGUUCUAUUCACUGCUCUUCGUACGACUUUCUGAAUGUGGGUUGUCUACUUCUUAGCCUCCUACCAGCAGGGGGUUCAAUGUCUGCCAAACCUUAAGCUUGGUGUCAUUGUUGAAAGGGCAAGCAGCAAACACGCAUCUCGUGCAGAUCUCUUCUAGCCGGACUUUAUUGCUUCCUUGUAAAUAUAGCAAUUGAAUCGGCCAAGCACCACUCUUGCGCUGGUCAUAAGACGGGGAAAGAGGGUGCAGAUGCACCUUGAGAUCACAAUCAACGGCAACGUUUGUUGUUUUUCUGUACGUUGGAUGACAAUUCUUUUGUUAUUAACUGAGAAUAGAGGUGGCUAUUCAAAAUUCUCUUCAAUUUGCUGUUGAUUUUCACAUCCUUGUAUGUCUGUCGUCACUUGGGCCGUCAUUUACCUAAGGGCAUAUUCUAUUGACCUCUAAAAAAUUUCAGGGUAAUUGCUGUUGAAGCAGGAUGUGUGUUGAGCGUUGAUUUUCAGCUUCCAAGGAAAUGAUUGUUGUUCUAGAGCUGCUGCACAUGGAGUUCAACUGACCCUUGAACAUCUAAUGCACGUAUCAACAGAGCACGUGUGUAUAUGCCCACGUCUAUGUGUGGACAGUAUGCGUUGUUUUCAGAUGACUAGCUCUUGAUGCAAAGAGUAUAUGCUUUUGUGCGCGCGUUUCUUGAAUAGUCAUAGUUAGAAAUGCUUUUCGCAUGUUGGAGAAAGUGCUACUGCAGAUGUCUGCUGAAAAGAUUGCAGUCUUUUAUGUUUAUUAAUCGAGAUCAAAGAAGCUUGGGG